AGUCAUUUUUCAGAGAACUGUAAAGCUAAAAAUGAUUCCCAGCUAAUCUCAGCUUGGAAAUCAUACAACAGCUGUUCAGGCUGACUCUCUACUCACUUAAUGGACGAUAAAACUUUGCCAAACUCGAAACCAAAAGAGUAUAUACCCAUUUAUGUUAUAUAGGGGCUAGGGGAGCGUACAAUAUGAAGAGAUAACGAUAUAAACAGCAGCGGAAGAGGCUCUGGAAAACAGUCGAGACUGGAACGUCGUUGAGUUUACACGAACCACAAGCUUUGAAAGCGAACUGCAGAAUAUAUACAUACUAUAUACUACAUAUAUCCCGGAGUUAUCAUGCUGAAGACGAUUAUUGUUUUUGCCACUAUUUUGGUGGCCGUGGCCAUGGCCAUGCAGCCAUUAGAGGAUAAUGAGAGGCACCACCAUUUGAACCAUAAACGUCAGUUGUCGCAGCACCACCAAAAAUUCCAGGAGGUGAGGCAUUCGGCCAAGGAUCACAUCCAAAAUGCAAAGGCCUUGCAUCAGGUUGUAUCGCAUGCCAAGGAGCAUAGAGCCCGUGGACAAUCUAGCUCCCAAAGGAAGUCAAGACAGGCUCACAAGGAGCAGGAUCACAAGAAGAGCCAUCACAAGAAGGAGCACCACUCCCGGAAGUCCCGAUCCCACCCUGAGGUCAACAAGCACCACAAGAGGCACUCGGGAUCGCGGCGCCACUAGGAAAGAUAUAUGUCCAAAAUAUAUCCUAUUUAAAUCCUAACUUAUGUGUAUGUAAGCUUUUCCGUAUGCCAAAAUAAAAGCGGAACUUUCAAGUAAAGGCCACAUAAACUCCUUAUACAUUAUCUAUUCGCAUUUUAAAAUAAAUACCUAGACAAUU